AGUUGGAGCAAUUUUCCAAACCUGCUAACUUUACUGGAAGUCACUGCCCUCUCUCAGCAACUGGCACGCUGAAAAUUCUGCUUGUCUGAAACAUUUUAUUUUUCCCAAGCUGUUGCACCUCGGAUUGUUUAAGAGAAGAAUAUUCCACAAACAAGUGACUAAAGGGCCAACUGUACAACAUUAUCUGACCCCAGACUGUCAGCUGAAUAGCCAGCGGCAUGCGCUCCACAGUGAACGCGCUUCCGUUUGCGCUCCCGCUGUUCCUGGUCUUAACGGGAAUGUCCGGCGGUAGCUGUCAGAUCAGUUUCCACGACGGGGCGGACGCCCCUCCGGAGGCGGGGCAGUUUAACGGGACGCUGUACGGAGCCUGCAGAGUCCGACCCAGCACCAAACUCCCCGACGGCCAGCCCAAGAUCUACGGCUACGUUCUCUUCCGACAGGACCGUCCCUGGGCAGCGGUGAAAGUGCGCUUCGACCUGCGGGGGCUACCCACCGCGAGCACCCAGCUCCGGGCGAUCCACGUGCACCAGCUGGGCGACCUGAGUCGGGGCUGCGAUGCCACCGGCGGCCAUUUUAACCCGCUCGGCCGCGCCCACCCCUCCCACCCGGGGGAUUUUGGGAACUUCGCGGCGCAGAGGGGCCGGAUCCGGGAGCUGAGGGAGGCGCAGGGGGCCACCCUGUUCGGGGCUCUGUCGGUGCUGGGGAGGGCCGUGGUGAUCCACGAGGGGCGGGAUGAUCUGGGGACGGGCGGGGACGCCGGGAGCCUGCUCCAUGGCAACGCCGGGCGGAGGCUGGCCUGCUGCGUCAUCGGCAUCAGCUCCCCAAGCCUGUGGGACAGAGACGUCCUGCACAGGACCAGCAGGGCCCGGCCCUCCUCUGGGUAGCACAGGGAGCGAGGGGAGUCCCUGAGCAGCACCCUGUCUCUGUGUCCCUCUCCCUCCCUCCCUCUCUCUCUCACUCUGCCCCUCUGUCUCUCCCCUC